AUGGCUGGUGAGGGGAACAGCGGGGGUGGCUGCUGGACUUGUCGUCUUCGUCGGAAGAGGUGCAUUGGCACGAGACCGAAAUGCAGGAACUGCACCUCCUUGGAAAUCACCUGCCACUUUGGCACUGUCAAGCCAGAGUGGAUGGAUAGAGGGAGGGAACAGAGGGCCAUGGCGGAGAGGGUCAAAGCCGAGAUCAAGCGAGGCGCUGACUGCCGGCGAAGCAGGCAAACAACCCAGGUCACCACAGGCGGGACAGGAGUUCGAGACUUCAUCCUAGAGUCGGGACAAAGCGCUGUCGAUAAAACCUCGAGACCGCUGCAGCCGCAGGUCCCCAGCGGAUACUCCCAAAUCACCAGGCCCGCUUCAGGCAAGGAGUCUGAAAGGGCGCAGUGGGCUGCGUCGAUCCUUGGAUUUCUCGACGAAUACGAGCAAGUCGACGACCAUCUCCCCAUGCUGGCACGUGGGCGCGAUUUCGACGUCGACUUUCUGGCUAAGUACUUGGACUACGUAUUCCCCUUGUUGUUUCCUUUUUACCGGCCACGCCUUCAUGAAACCGGCCGGAGCUGGGUGCUGGCCCUCUUCAGACGAAGCAGACUUGCUUACCAUUCUGCCAUGAGCUUGGGUACGUACUUCUUCAUCUUCACCUUGAUUGAUGCGUACCCGGGGCAACAUAGCUCGUGCAAGAGUCAGCUCUGGGAGAAAGUUGGGAAGCAGAUAGAUACGUGUUUCGAGAUGAUCCAGCACGACGUGCAUGAUCUCAGGCUUCGUGGCCGACAUUCCCCGCUCAUUGACCGAGCACGGGUGAUGGAGAGCAUCACUCAGUUCCUGAUUUUCGAGGCGGCUUUGGGCAGAUCUGCCAAUUGGAACCUUCAUCUGACGCCUGCUCUCGCACUCUUCGAAGAAAUGUGGCUGACAACCGCCGGAUCGGAGUCCAAGCUGCUUGCGGCUCUGGAUGCAAUCGAUGUGCCUCUUCAGCCUCUUCAAUUCGGCCUCAAACCUGGCAGCGGCUACGUUUGGAGCCCCGAGCAGGCCGGGUUUCGUUUCUUCACUGGCCUCCUGGUCUUCAUCGAUAUCGUUGCCAGCACGGCCUUGGAGCAGCCACCUCGGCUACUUGAGUAUCAUUCAGAUCUUCUGGAUCCUCACGACCUUGGUGAGCCCGAGUUUGGCACGGUUCCGCUCCAAUUGUCGGCCAUCAUGGGCUGCCAGAACUGGGUCCUGCUCGUAAUUAGUCAGAUAUCUGUUCUUGAUGCCUGGAAGAAGGAAAUGAAAAAGGCUGAGAGAUUAUCAAUGACUGAACUGCUUGACCGAGAGAACGAGAUAUCUCGAGCCCUGAAUGAUGGGAUGUCAAACCUUGACAAGUCAACUUCAGACGCUGGCAAAAACCCUCUCCUCAACUCUCGGCCCUACCUCACCGGUGGGUCUUCCACAUCCUCGAGGCCGUCAACCACAACGACACAGAUUUGGGCCUACGCUGCUCGCGUGUACCUUACAGUAGUUGUUUCCGGCUGGCAUCCGUCUAAUGCAGGAAUCCGCUCUGACGUGUCUCGAAUCCUCGAACUACUGCGGACGAUUAACUGCCCUGAUCAUCUCCGAACACUAGCAUGGCCGCUUUGUGUGGCCGGUUGCAUGUCCGGGGCGGGCGAGCAAGAACAGGAGUUUCGACACUUGCUGGCAACCAUGGACGACUUGGGCCUGGUCGGUGCCUUGGCCGAAGUCCGGAAGAUUAUGGAGAGAGUGUGGGAGAGUCGAAACCUGCUGGAUAGUGAAACGUGGGAUAUAGCAGCUUGCCUUCGAGUUCUGGGUGUACCAGCAUUGCUGGUCUAG